UCUCGGUCCAUAUACAACAGUAGGUAUAUAUACACACGUACAUAGACGCCGUUUGUAGUGUUCAGUGGACGUGUGUUCUACCUGUGUACAUUUCAAAACAAAUCAAUAGCAAGUCCAAUGUGCUUUUAUAUAAGUUUGCCCUUAUUUCCUUCUAUGAUAAUUUAUAUGAUAAAUAGUAAUGAACGUAAUACCUGUUUGAUGUAUGUUUACGUAAUUUAGGUGGUACGCUACUAGAUACCAGUAGUUUACAGUGAACUGUCUCUAGUGAACUAAGACAAGGUGUGAUAUACCGCGGGUGUCAUUAAAUCAGAGGUAUAUCGUAUCAGUAAAAUAAGGUUAUAUUUAUACUAAACCUUAUUUCGCUUUUUAUUCUCCGACUCGUCUCGUUCUUCAUCAUCGAUAUUUGAUGACGGUGCAUGAUCUAAAAAUAGAUCUUAGUAAUGGUCAUGAAUAUGGGUGGUAGAUUCCGUUAUAUAGAGCGACAUACGUACAAAGCGACACACUGACAGGACAAACAUACUCGAUAACAAGGACAGGGGAGACAGACCACGAUCAUUAUGAAAUUUACCCUCGUUUUUCCGGAUAAAAAGAGGAAAACAAUUCGACUUGGUGAGAAACAGGCGGUGACGUCCCUUUUAAAGCAUCUACCAAAUGGGACAUUCAUCACACACCCACGUCGAAGCACGAAAGUUCGCGCCCACAAACGUCGUCUACUGAGCAAGACUUUUAGCGACGGCGAUGUCCUCAAAGUUACAUACAACGUGCAUAACUCCGUUCGACGCCUGCGACGAGGUUUACCGGCGACGACUGACAAAUGUAUGAUCACGUUGUCUACAGGUUCGAAACGGGCGAAAAUGCCGUGUGGACACGCCAUCACUCCACAGGCACUUUACGACUUUUGUUGGAAUGAGCUGAAAAAUGGAAAGACAGAAAUAAAGUGCCCGUUUGUUUAUGACUACAAAGCCGAUGCAUGUGGUUCAAUUUGGAGUAUCGCAGAAAUCAAACGAUACGCGAAUAUGAAUAAAAAAGAAAAGAAGUCAGUGGAAGACAAAGCAUUCGCAAACAAAAUGAAGAUGACAAAUCAAGAAAUCCCAGACAUCAACACGAUGGUGUCACUUCUCCAUAACUCCCCCAGGACAACAAUCUACGACGUUUCCUGCCCAUUGCGUCGCGCAUGCCCAAAGUGUUAUAGUAUAAUCGAGUACGUCGGCGGCUGCAAGACUAUGACCUGCAAAUAUCCUGGCUGUGGUUUUAUAUUUUGUUUCAGGUGUCUUACUGAGAAUUCAUCUUGUAAAUAUGAUUGUACAAGUGUUCCAACACAGUUUACUUUAUUGUAACUAACUAGCCUUGAUGCUUGGUUGUCGAAUUACGACGCGUUUUCUGGUUUUACUAAGUAGGUUAUGCUUAUGAAAUGAUUAUAGGAUAUGUAUUUGCUUAAAACUCUGCAAAGAUACAGCAAAAUAAUAAAUUCUACCCUCGCCGAUCUGUAUUUGAAACACACAAUUGCGAAUUUCAAUGCAGUAAAUAAAAGGCGCCGAUCUGACUGGUGAAUAACUAGCGUUUUAUUAUCAUUGGAGGUGCAAAUAUCCGUGUUGUGGUAUUUCUUUUUCUUUCAUAUGUCUACUUAGAGAGGGCAUAAUGUAAAUAUGACUGUUAAGUGUUCCAAUGCCGUUUAGAUUAUUGUAAAAUCGUUAACAUGCCUUAGCACAGUGACAUGUAGGCGUAUUACUGCGCUGACUCUGUACCAUUUACGUUUGGUUAAUGCUACAGUAUUACCUUGUGUUUUGUACCAAACUGUAUAUAUAUUAUAUUUAUAGAGCAUUGGUCAAUAUUAACAUAUCCUGUAUAACUGUCAUAUUCUAAACAGAAUCAUAAUAUGCAAAUAACGUCCAUUGUUUAAUUACUUUCGUGAUACAGAGAAAACAUGAACAGUACAUGUACAUCAUCCAAAUGACUUUAGUGUAUGUCUCUGUAAUAUUCAUGUAUAUAACCUUGCGUUUGACACCUGUCUAUAUUCGGAUGACUUUUAUGACUUUGUGUACACGUCUCCUAAUAAAUGAGUAAUGAUUUGCUAUGGUUGUACAUUUAUGCUCAUUAAAUGAAUAUUUAAAUUUA